UUUAUCACAACACCGAUCGCCGUUCGCCAUGCGUGGCCAAUAUGACUCGUUGGAAUCGCCCAAAGCCGGCAUCAUGUCGGCCGAAAAGUACGACAAGCUGGUCGGUGAAGUGUCCAAGGCCCUCGGCCACCUGAACACGACUGUGCGCGCCGUGGACCAAAAGGUUUCUUUGUUUGGCACCAGCCUGGACUCGCACAGCAGCCACGAAAAGCUGCGCGAGUUGCUGGGAAAUGGCAACAAGUUGAUUUCGAAGAUUGAAAAGCGCCUCAAAGCGCUGGGCGACGACAUCAAAGGCCAGAGCGGACCGGUGGUGCGCGCCCGGUCCAACACCCUCAAGAAGCUCUCGACCGACUUCAAAACACAGCACGACCUUUUCUCUCAGUCAAGCCAAAACGCCAAGGUGGCCCAUGUGAACCUGCCUUCGGCGGCCCAACCAUCCGCCAUCAACCAGCCCCGCCCUGCACCUGGUGGGUUCACCAACUACCACGAAGACCAGUUUCUCGCCCAAGCCCAAGUCACGACGUACGACGAAGACGACUUGGUCCGACGGGAAGAAGACAUCAUUCACAUCAACCACCAACUGCGGGAGAUCAAUGCCGCGUACAAGGAAGUGGAUGGUCUCAUUAACGACCAGCACGAAGUUGUGGUUGAAAUCGCCGACAACGUCCAGGAGGCUCGGAACGAAACGCACGGAGCACUCGAACAUGUCCAAAAGGCCGAUGGCAGAUCCAACUAUUGCAACUGCAGCAAGCGGAAGCUCUACUGCUAUGGGGGUCUGGCGUUCAUUUUCGUGCUCAUGGUGCUUGGCGUCAUCAUUGCUGUCACCAAAUAGUAGUACUACGUAUAGUACAUUUCACCAAAUACUUAGUACCGUAUAGUGUAUAUGUAUUGCGACGGAUUAAUCUAUUGCGACUCCUGUAAUAACUGAUAAUUUUCUUGUAAUAACUGAUAUUUACUUGUGAAUACAGUACGUUGAAUAUACUUCAAAUUUGUAUGACGCAAUGGAUUAAAAACAUUUCGAGAACUGGU